UCUUGUUUUGGGUUCUGGCUGCCCUUCCUUGCUUCUUCUCAGAUUCCACUCUCCCUCACCUUCCCCCCUCCUCACUAUAUUAACCAAUACCCUCCAAUCCAUUCCCCAACACCAUUGGAGUUCAACCCCACUAGUCUAUUCUACACCCAAAUCUCGAGACCACAUCUCCAUUACAGCAAAUCACCACCGAAAAGGACCAGAGACGACGAUGAGUUCGACAAGCAGAGCUUGGAUCGUUGCGGCCAGCAUUGGAACUGUGGAAGCACUCAAGGACCAAGGCUUCUGCAGAUGGAACCAUCUUCUCCGAUCCCUCCACCACCAUGCCAAGACCACCAAUCUCGGAUCUUAUUCCCAGGCCAGGAAGCUCUCUUCCCCCGCUGCUUCCUCUGCGGUCAACAGGGCCAUCGGUGAAGAGAAGCUGCGGCAAUCUGAGGAGUCCUUCAGACAAGUCUUGUACUUGAGUUCUUGGGGACCCUGUUGAGUCGCUUCCUUCCAUCUUGAUUGAGGAGUGUAGUUAGACUAUAAAUACAGAUAUUGGAUGCAUUCCUAGCGAUAUCAGAUUUACAGUGGAUGGAUGCUCACUCAAGGCACUCCAAUUCAUCCAACUUCUU